CUGCCCAGUGGCAGUUCCCUGGAGCCUCCUCAGAUCCCUCUUUCAGAACUCACUACCAAGAGCCCUGAACAGGAGCCACCAUGCAGUGCUUCAGCUUCAUUAAGACCAUGACAAUCCUCUUCAAUUUGCUCAUCUUUCUGUGUGGUGCAGCCCUGUUGGCAGUGGGCAUCUGGGUGUCAGUCGAUGGGCCAUCCUUCCUGAAGAUCUUCGGGCCGCUGUCGUCCAGUGCCAUGCAGUUUGUCAACGUGGGCUACUUCCUCAUCGCAGCUGGCGCUGUGCUCUUUGCUCUUGGUUUCCUGGGCUGCUACGGUGCUAAGACUGAAAACAAGUGUGCUCUCAUGACGUUCUUCUUCAUCCUCCUCCUCAUCUUCAUUGCUGAGGUUGCAGCUGCCGUGGUCGCCUUGGUGUACACCACAAUGGCUGAGGAGCUCCUGAAGUCAGUGAUAGUGCCCACCAUCAGGAAAGAAUAUGGUUCCCAGACGGACUUCACCCAAGUGUGGAAUUCCACCAUGGAAGGGCUCAAGUGCUGUGGCUUCAACAACUACACGGAUUUUGAGGGCUCUCCCUACUUCACAAAGAACAAUGCCUUCCCCAAAUACUGUUGCUCUGGCAAUGUUAAUCGCACAACCACAGAACCCUGCACCAGGGAGAAGGCCGAGGACAAGCUUGUAAAGGGUUGCUUCGAUCAGCUUCUGCAUAGCAUCCGAACCAACGCAGUCACUGUGGGUGGUGUGGCAGCUGGAAUUGGAGGCUUGGAGCUGGCUGCCAUGAUUGUGUCCAUGUAUCUGUACUGCAAUAUGAAAUAACUCUGCUUCUGCCUCUGCCACUGCUGCUGCCACACAGGAACUCGGGAAAGGCACCCUAGCACUGCCAAACGGCGGUGAUCAGGGUGGGGACAGAAUCUAACAGCGUCACUUGGGCCAGAGUGGGCCCAGCUUUGCUGUUCUGGACUUGAGGCCAAAUAGUGACCACCCCCUUCAGGCUGUGCCUGACUUUCCCUUCCAUUGGUGGGGGUGGGGCCUACCUGUUCCAGAGCCUCUAAGGUAGCCAGUUCUGCCCAUUCCUCCAAGCUGUCCCUUAAACCCUUGACACCCCCUCAGGCCAAGCGUGGCUCUUGGUGAUCCCAGCACUGCACUGGGGGAUGAGAGAAAGGCACCGUCUGGCACGGACAUAUGUGAAAUCAGCAGUCACCAGGCAGAUGUGUGGAGGGCGCUUCAGAACUCAAAAACCAAUUAAAAUGUUUCCAUUUGGA